AUGUCGCCGAGCUCCAAUGCGGCCCGCGCUGCGGUCCGUGCUGCGGCGCGCGCCACGAGAGGUGCUGCUGACCUGGCACGGCUGCGCGCGGCGGUGUGGAAGCGGUCUAGGCGCAGCACGCUCGUUGGCCCGUAUGCGACGCUGUUUUUCAAGACCGCAGCGAUGCGCCUGCACAUGUUGCACUGCAGUUUGGUGUCUCAGCUGCAGCUGGCAAUGGUCGCAGUUUGCGCAGCAGCAGCCAUGAGAAUGUUUGCACAUGCCCCCAGCCAGGCUGGCCGGCGGCCGCUCAAUGCGGUGCAGUUGGCGAAGCGGUACAGGACGACGCCUAUGCUUGCCCAGAGGAUGGUGGAGCGGAAGUGCAACAAUGUAUGGCAGGACUUGUGCUUCUUCGGCUUGGUGGAUCUCAAUGACGUUCCGCUGCAUGUGGGCCGUGGCACGGCAUUAACGUCGGGUGCGAAUGGUCUCGCAGUUGCCGAGUGUCCCGAGGCAUGCCUUUUCGUCGGGCGUCGAGGCUUCUACGACGCGACAAGCAGGCGUUUGGCACGGCCUGCGCCGCGUUUCAGUUGCAGGAAGAGGUCGGCGCUCCGUGCGGCAACUUUGCAGUUCUGUUGCGUCAGCGGCGUGGUCUGUCCAGGCAUGUUUCCCGGGGGUGAUGGUGCGGGCGUCCCAGACGCCGCUCGGUGA